GCGGCGCACGGUGCGGAGCAUCCCCACAGCGCGCGGCCAGCACCCCCUGGAGCCGCCGGGGACUCGUCCGCUGCCCCCAUGGGGCCAAGGAGACUUUGAAGGAGUUUGGGGCUUGCUUCGGGAGCAGGGAAGCCACCGCUCCCCGGCAUCGGCCUGUCCUUGAUGGGAAACCAACUGGACCGGAUCACCCACCUGAGCUACAGCGAGCUGCCCACGGGCGACCCAUCGGGCAUCGAGCAGGACGAGCUGCGGGUCGGGGUCGCCUACUUCUUCUCCGAUGAGGAGGAAGACGUGGAUGAGCGAGGCCAGCCGGACAAGUACGGCGUAAAGGGGCCCCCAGGCAGUGGCGGUGGCGGGGGUGGCGGCGACGGCGACGGCGACGGCGACGGCGGGGGCAGUCCGGGCCCCGGGACGCCCACCCACCACCCGCAUCACCUGGUGCACCAGCUGGUGCUACACGAAGCCCAGUGUUCGGCCUUCCGAGGGCCCGAAUGCAUCUUCUCCAAAGGAGGCGGGGGCGCCGGCGGGGGCGCCGGGGACCUAGGGGUCUACGCCGUGACGGCCCUGCCCGCCCUCUGCCAGCCCGGAGACCUGGUGGAGCUGCUGUGGCUGCGGCCCCCAGCCGCCGCUGCAGCCGGGGAGCCCCCCGGGUCCGCGCCCCCCCCGCCCCCGCCCCCGCCCCCGCACUGGGCGGUCUACGUGGGCGGCGGUCAGGUCAUUCACCUGCACCGGGGCGAGAUCCGCCAGGACAGCUUGUAUGAGGCCGGCGCGGCCAACGUGGGCCGAGUGGUGAGUAACUGGUACCGCUACCGGCCUCUGGUGGCCGAGCUGGUGGUGCAGAACGCCUGCGGCCACCUGGGCCUCAAGAGCCCCGACGUGUGCUGGACCAACUCGGAGAGCUUCGCCGCCUGGUGCCGCUUCGGCAAGCGCGAGUUCAAGGCUGGCGGCGAACUGCCCGCGGGCAGCCAGCCCCCGCAGCUGCAGUACUAUCUCAAGGUGCACCUGGGCGACGGCAAGGUGCACACGGCCAGGUUCCACAGUCUAGAGGACCUCAUCCGCGAGAAACGGCGUCUGGACGCCAGCGGCACGCUUCGGGUCAUCAAAGAGCUGGCUGCCCUGGUAGAUGGCAAAGAGUAGCCCGGGACCCGCCGCUGCCUCUCCCCGGCCUCUCCCUCCCUCCCUUUCCCUUCUCCCUUUCCUCACCUAUUCUCCUCCUUCCCCUUCCCUCGUUCACCUUUCCAAAUCGGUGGAAAACUUCUCUAUGUAACUCAAACCGACCCCUCCCUAACCUAAACAGGCCCAUAGCCCCCACUUGCUGGCACUGAGUUCCCCACGCAUGGCUGGGGAUGGGCAAUCAUGGGGUCCUGUUCCUCAGACAUUUAAAAUCGCUGAGGUAGGAGCCAUCUGGAGGAGGAGGGAGGAAGAGCUGAGGGUCUCCCGCUUGCCACUGAAGCCGCCGCCCUGGCCUUGGGGAGGGAAAUCCUCUCCCCAGUGUAGGGACCGGUAUCAUGUGGGGAGGGUGAGAUGUCAAGGCUCCAGUCGGAGGCCCCUGGCAUUUGGGGGAAUAAGGAUGAAAAGUCCCUGAGUAAAACAGGCUGUUCCCCCACGGUUCCCUUUUCCAAGUGGAGACUGUGCUCCCUUGGCCUGGGGAACACUGCCCAUACUGAGAUGGGGGGGGGGGGGGGAUCUGAGAGGGCCCAAGAACCUCAGAUUGCCAGCCUUUCUUCUGGAUCUCAGUGUCCUGGGAUUUGUAGGUUUUUUUGAAAAAGAAAUAAAUGACAGCACUCUCCUGAGCUCCUGUGAAUAAUCCCACAGGAACUCACUUGAAGACCCAGAUGAAGUGCAAUCCAGGGUAUUCUAACUUUGCCCUGGCCCUCUGGCCUCAGAUCUCUUUGGCUUCUGGAGAGUGCUGGCUUCCCAGACAGCUGUCACAGCUUCCUGCAUAGGUGUCAUCCACCCCCAGAAUUCCUGUGGGCUUCAGGUGGUUGUGGUGGUGCUCAGCUGGUGGCUGUGAACUGAGGAGGUUGCCCCACCUACCUCCCCCCAGGGCCUGAGCAGAGGCAGCCAGGUAGGCAAGAUCCUGGCCCCUCCCCUGCCCCCAGGAAAGGGAGAGGGUGACCCCUCCUGGCAAACCUUAUAAGAGCAGCUAGAUCCCCUCCCUUUGGGCUGUUUCAAUCCCUGGCCCACCUGGGUAGAAGGAAAGGGAGGCAAGUAGCAAUUGCCCAGGAUUGCCCAGGCAGCAGACAGGAAACCAGCAUAUCAUAACUGGGUGACUUGGUUUGACUUUGCUAAAAUGUCUGAGUCAUUGGGACAAUGGGCAAAGUUUACAGGAGAAAAGAAAAGAAAACACAGCCAGAACAAUUUUCCAAUUAUGUCAACAAAGUCAAUCAUGUUGAUGUUUUCUUGAAACAUUUUAGGGACCUGCUAAUAAAAUUUCAAAUUGAAAUUUGUUCUUUUCAUGGCUUGAAUCCAUGAUGGUUUAAAUAACUAGGGGCCGUAAAGAGCGAAUUGGUAGCUAAGAACUUAGCUAACAUUGCCUUUCACCCGAUUUUGUUCUCAACUCUUCUGAGAAUUGUUUUUGGAAUACUGUCCUUUUAUUUUUGUCUUUUGAAGGCAGCCCCAGGAUAGGUGAAGUCUCUAAUCAGCGAAUAGAUUGGACUGAAUUUCUCUCAGUUCCAGAGUUGUUUUUAAAUUAGCUUUUGGGAAAUGGCUAAUAGAUUUCUCUUUCCUUCUUUUGUUUUGUUUGUCAUGUGCCCCCUCUCAUUCUUCUGGUAGCCUAGUUCCACUUCUUAAUUUCCUCUUUUUAUCACCCCCCCCCCAUGAAUCAAGAGUGGGGCAAAGUUUCUGCUCAGCAGCAUCACUGCCCUCUCAAAGAGAAAAAGACAGAUACUGAGAGAUUGAGAGAGAGAGAGAAAGAGAAAGAGACCGAGACCCAGACAAAGAUGGCCACAGAGAGACAGAAGGGAGAACAGCAAGUGGGCUGGGGCCAGGUCUUGUUCCAGGAAUCCAGGUGGGGUGUGGGUUUGCAGCUUCCCCCCACUGUCCCUGCACCACCAGUCAGACUGGCUCUGACUCACACAGUACAAGAAACACCCCCAGCCUCUCCUGCCCUCACCAAAGAAUCUGUCACCAAAAUAGAGCUGGGGUGUGUUGGACCAAUUGUCUCAGGCGAUGACAAAUCAGAUUGACAGCUUUGAUCUGGCCAGGAAGCAAACAGCCAGCCUGUUGGCCUGGGCUCUUUGACCCCAGAAGGCAUUUGAUAGAUGUUUGAAUUGCAAAUUUCAAGGGGGGAAUAAACUGAGGGAUGCUGAGGAUGGGAAAGUCUUCAUUCUGGAUGUUCAUUUUUGUUCAUCUUUUUUUCCUCUAUCAGUUUCCCUCCUGCGUUUAUCUCUUGUCUAAUCCUAAUUCUCAGGAUUAAAAAAUCAGAACAUCUUGAUAGAUGUUCUUUGUUGUCCUGGUGUUUACCAUUUCCGUGGGUGAGGUCAUUUCUAAAACUGUGGAAAGUGCAUAUCCCUUAAAGAAAAAAAAGAGGGGAAAACCCCCCCAAAACCCCAACAACAACAUUCAUAAUGACUAACUUCAUUUUUGCCAUCUGCUGCCCCCAAAGAUUCAUUGUGUCUUAGCCACUGCCAGACCCUUUUUCUAGUACUAGGAUGGCUUGUGCUAAGGCCUCACUCCUCUUACUGGACAUUUGUUUCACCCUUGCUGAUAUUUGAUAUCUGUGUCUUGGCUCCCUACUUUAUUAAAUACCAUCUAACAUAUUUGUCCCUAAGGCUGCCUCCUUCUUAGUUUCCUCAUCUUUGACUUUUACCCUCUUCCCUACACUCAGAGGACAGGGGUCCAUGGGAGCCCCAACUCAUGAAAGAGUCAACCUCUCUUUGGCUAUUGACAUGGGGUUUUGUUUCUGCUAAGGGCCUGAUCUCUUGACCCAAUGAUUUCCAAUGGAGGAGCCCAGACUGGGGUAUGGGGAGUGGGGGAAUUCUCCAUGGUUUCAGAUUUGCUGAUAGUAGGUUGGUAAUAAAGAUGUUGGUUUGUCA